UUCAUUAAAACAAGCCGCUAAAAAUGGUCGCCAAAUCCUUCCUCUCCAGCAACUCCUUCCCCCUAUGCCUCAAACACCGGCCGCCGCCGCCGCCGCCGCCGAGGAGCAACUCUCUCAUCAGCCGUCGCUAUAUUUUAUUCCGGCCAGUAUCUAACUCUGCUCCGUCAGGUCGCCUCGAACAAGGAGUUGUGAUGCAGUCUUCAUCAGCAAACAAAUCCACUUCGGAACCCAACGGUCAGGAAGACAACAGGAAAAUAAGCAGAGACGAAGAUACAUCGGCUUCAACGUCUGAGAAUACUGGCUUAAAUCUCGGCCAGUUGUUCUGUAUCCCCACAUGGGCUAAAUUUGUUAUGGGUGCCGUAGUUCUCUUGGCCAUACCAAUGUUAAGAAAGUCUCAAAGGUUUAAAGAUGUGAGGAAGACGGUGGAGGAGGUGGUGGAGGUAGUGGAGAAGGUGGCGGAGGUGACGGAGAAGGUGGCGGAGGAGAUAGCAGAAGCGCUCCCUGAAGGAGGGACGAAGGAGGUUGCAGUCAAGUUGGAGAAAAUUGCCCUGUUAGUUGAAGAGGAAGCAGAGCUGACUGAGUCCAUCAUUGAUAAGGUUGAUGAUGUGGUGGAAGCAGUGGAUACAAGUCAGAAGCAAAUCGAAGGAGAGAUUAAGAAGAUUAAUGUCGAUGAAAAAGAUAAGAUGAGAUCGAAGAAGAUUGUGGAAGAUCAAUCCAAAGAAGCCCUGCAAUGAUGAAAUAUUAUUUUAUCAUUUAUUA